AACAGGGGCGGACUGACCAUUUGGAAACUCGGGCACUGUCCGAGGGCCCUGGGGUCAGUAGGGGCCCCAUGAGAUGCCCCUGGUACCUUUUUUCAUAGGCUUUUUUGAGUUUGGGCAAGGACACAGGGGCCACAUGAUCCCCUAUUGCCCAGGGGGCCCCAUGAGUUGUCAGUCCGCCCCUGGUUGGUGGUGCGGAUUUGAACCGAUGACUCUAGUACUGCCAGGCGGAGGUGCUAACCAUUUAGCCGCUGUGCUGCCCCUACUGGGAGGGAGUGAC